AACAAAUACAAGCUGGUCCGGAAAGUGGAAAGGAACUCGAAAUCACCAGCUCGACAGCAGCCUGAACAGGCACAAUUCUCGAUACCGGGACCUCGAGAAGAUCGCAUACGUCCUUCAUCCAUCCUUCGAAAAAGAAGCUCCAGCACUUUAGCGGCUAGCGCAGCAGCUGUGAAAAGGGCUACGAAACUAGUUCGAGCGAAACGUUCGACUAGUCGCGAGGAAUUGGAUGAUACAAAAAAGCAUACGGAUGUUGACAAGCCGAUGAGCACUGAGAGAGGAAACCUUUCUCAUGAUAAACAGAGGAUGAUGACUAUGACGUCACCUCCAAAAUUGAGAGCCGCUACUUAUGCUGCGGAGUCCUUGACAGCUACUCGCGACCAAGCGGUUAUAUUAAGAUCUCUUCUUGCGCUCGUGGGUAGACACUGUCCUGCAGAAUACGAUAAAUAUGUGUUAUUGGAAGAACGGGACAAAUUACUGUCCAGAUUGAGAGAAGUGAGUGUUUUCGGUUCGAAUGUUUGCCUUGAUAAGUGCUGCUGA